CUCUGGAGUGUUCAAGGGGUGAAGAAGAGGUACAGUGAGGGCAAGAUGGUGAGUUGGAACCUCACGAGGUCUCCUCAGAGAGUGGGAUUCUGGAACCUUGAAGAUUUAUCUGAUAAACUGUGUCCUAUUAAUCUUGGAGUCUUCAGUACCUACCACUACAGUGCCUGGCACUUAGUAGGUGGUCAGUAAAUCCUCAGCAGAUAAAUAUUCCAGGCAUGCAGUUCUAGGGAACCACAAGAUGCAGGGAAGUGGGUGGCUGCAUUGGAAGUGACAUUAAUGAGGUCAUUCAUUCAUUUAUCCAACAAAUAUUCUUGAGCACCUACUAAGUGGCAGGUACUAAGCUAAGCAGGUGGUGGUGACAGAACAGAGACCAAAACAGUCUGACCUUGCUCUCAUGUAGCUUAUAAUCCACUGGAAGAAAUGAAUACUAAAUCAAUGAUCACACGAAUGACUACAUAAUUACUACUGGGAUCACUGCUUUGAAAGACAAGUAAAGGAUGUGAAAAAUGACGAUAACCAGGAGACCUGAUUUAGACUGGGGGUCAGGGAAGGCUUCCUUGAGGAACUGAAAAGCCAAGACCUGAGAGACGAGUAGUUUGCCAGACAAAGAGAUAGUGGAAAAGCAUUUCAGGCCAGAGGACAGCACGUGCGGAGGGUCUAAGUGGGAAGGUGGUGGCCUACUGGAGGAAGUGAAAGACAGCCCGGGUGGCUGGUGAGGUGGACAUAGCGCACGCAGGCCCUAAAGGGACUUAAUGGCUACUUUAGCUCCUUCGGAUUUCAUUCUAAGAGGAAAGAGACAGAAGUGAAGAGGUUGAAGCAAAAGAGUAUGAUUAGCUGGUAGAGGGGAUUUUUUUAAGGUCAAGUGCAAAGAACAGAGUUGGUCAUACUUCUGACCCCAUAGUUCAGUGUCCUCACUGGGCUGCAGAAGGACCUUCCUGUUUUCCCUGCCUCACCUUUAAGUGCCCCCUCCAUCCACCUCCCCCAUAAGCGCCUCGUCUAGUGUGUUUGAUGUGUUCCUUUAAAUACACAUAUGGUUUUGACAUAUAUGUAAUGUGGUUUUACAUGUAUAUGUAGGUUUUUUAAAAAACAGUAAUGUUUCUGUAACAUGAUAUAUGUUCAUUAUUUUUAAAUUUAAGCAACAUGGAAAAAUAUAAAGAAGUAAAAAAUAUGGCUCCAAGACCCAUUAUUCAGCUAUAGCUCUCUUUAGUGUGUGUUUUUAAUUUAGAUAAUUUUUGAAACGGAGUGUCGUGUGUUAAAGAUCUGUCUGCAUUGUGGUGUGUACAUCUAGUUGAUUGUUCCUUUGCUGCACAGGACGUCACAGUGUGCAUCACCACUGAUCGGGUGGAAUUUCAAACAAACACUUGAGCUCCUGGGAGGCAAACCAGCCUCCGGGAACGGGUGGCCGGCUCGGCCGGGAUGGCCGCCCUGACUCAGGACAUCCACGCGGCGUUCUCCCGCCAGAAGCUGGACCACGUGUGGGCAGACACGCACUACGUGGGGCUGCAGUUCCCGGACCCGGCUCACCCCAACACGCUGCACUGGGUCGCUGCGGCCGGGAAGGCCGGGGAGCAGCUGCCACUGGAGGACCCCGACGUCUACUGUCCCUACAGCGCCACCGGCAACGCCACCGGAGAGCUGGUGUACGCCCACUACGGGCGGCCGGAGGACCUGCAGGACCUGCGGGCCAGGGGCGUGGAGCCGGCGGGCCGCCUCCUGCUGGUGCGCGUGGGGGUGACCAGCUUUGCCCAGAAGGUGGCCAGUGCCCAGGACUUUGGGGCCCGCGGAGUGCUCAUAUACCCCGACCCAGAAGACUUCUAUCAGGGCCCACACAAGCCAGGCCUGUCCAGCCACCAGGCUGUGUAUGGACACGUGCACCUGGGAACUGGGGACCCCUACACGCCUGGCUUUCCUUCCUUCAAUCAAACCCAGUUCCCUCCAGUUGAAUCCUCUGGCCUCCCCAGCAUCCCAGCCCAGCCCAUCAGUGCAGACGUUGCCUCCCGCCUGCUGAGGAAGCUCAAUGGCCCUGUGGCCCCCCAAGAAUGGCAGGGACGCCUCCCAGGCUCCCCUUAUCGCCUGGGCCCGGGGCCAGGCCUGCAGCUAGGGGUCAACAACCACAGGGCCUCCACCCCCAUCAGCAACAUCUUCGGCUGCAUCGAAGGCCUCUCAGAGCCAGAUCACUAUGUUGUCAUCGGGGCCCAGAGGGAUGCGUGGGGCCCAGGGGCAGCCAAGUCUGCUGUGGGGACGGCCAUACUGCUGGAGCUGCUACGGACCUUUUCCUCCAUGGUGAGCAACGGCUUCCGGCCCCGCAGGAGUCUUCUCUUCAUCAGCUGGGAUGGAGGCGACUUUGGGAGCGUGGGCUCCACGGAGUGGCUGGAGGGCUACCUCAGCGUGCUGCACCUCAAAGCCGUGGCCUAUGUGAGCCUGGACAACGCAGUGCUGGGGGAUGACAAGUUCCAGGCCAAGACCAGCCCCCUUCUGAUCAGCCUCAUUGAGAACAUCCUGAAGCAGGUGGACUCUCCUAACCACAGUGGGCAGACGAUCUAUGAGCAGGUGGUGUUCACCAAUCCCAGCUGGGAUGCUGAGGUGAUCCGGCCCCUGGCCAUGGACAGCAGCGCCUACUCCUUCACGGCCUGUGUGGGGGUCCCUGCCGUUGAGUUCUCCUUCCUGGAGGACGACCAGGCGUACCCGUUCCUGCACACCAAGGAGGACACUUAUGAGAACCUGCACAAGAUGCUGCGAGGCCGGCUGCCCGCCGUGGCCCAGGCUGUGGCCCAGCUCGCCGGGCAACUCCUCAUCCGGCUCAGCCACGAUCACUUGCUGCCCCUCGACUUCGGCCGCUACGGGGACGUGGUCCUCAGGCACAUCGGCAGCCUCAACGAGUACUCUGGGGACCUCAAGGCCCGCGGGCUGACUCUGCAGUGGGUCUACUCGGCGCGCGGGGACUUCUUCCGGGCGGCGGAGAAGCUGCGGCAGGAGAUCUACAGCUCGGAGCCGGGCGACGAGCGGCUGAUGCGCAUGUACAACGUGCGCAUCAUGCGGGUGGAGUUCUACUUCCUGUCCCAGUACGUGUCACCAGCAGACUCCCCGUUCCGCCACAUCUUCCUGGGUCGUGGAGACCACACGCUGGGCGCCCUGCUCGACCACCUGCGGCUGCUGCGCACCAACGGUACUGGGGCUCCUGGGGCCACCUCUUCGGGGGUGGUGCCCGGCCUGGGCUUCCAGGAGAGCCGCUUCCGGCGCCAACUAGCCCUGCUCACCUGGACGCUCCAAGGCUCCGCCAACGCGCUUAGCGGGGACGUCUGGAACAUUGAUAACAACUUCUGAGGCCUGCCCGCCCUCCCCUGUCCGCCCUGUCGGGAGCUCCUUGGCUCCCCGCCUGAGCAACUCAGGGUGAGGGAGGUGGCCCAGUGGCCUGUCACUGCUAACCGAUUUCUCAUUAGCCCUUCCCGUCUCUCCUUGGGGCCAGACCCCAGGGCAGACAUCCACAAAUCCCUGGCCCUGCAAUGUAGGUGAGCAGUCCUUCCAUAAGUGACGGUCAGUCUGUCGGUUAACCAGAGGGCAGCAUCCCUUCAGUGAAUCACAGCCCCUCCCCCUUUCAGGAGCAGGGUCCUCCAUAGCUACAGACCACUGGGAAAGGUUUGCUAGAACCUGGGACCUUGCCAGCUCUCCUAGUGGGAGAGAUUGCUGCCACCAUAGCCUUAUGGCCAACAGGUGGUCUGCGGUGGAAGGGAGUGGGGUUUGGAUGUCAAUAAACCACCUGGUGACA